CGCUGUCUUUUCGCAGCGCCCGGAAGGCCUCGGUCGGCUCUCCGCUUCCAUCCGCCUCCAUCCGCCUCCAUCCCGGCCAUCCGCCGCCGCAAUGCCGCCCAAGUUCGAUCCCAACGAGAUCAAAGUCGUUUACCUGCGCUGCACCGGCGGCGAGGUCGGAGCCACGUCCGCGCUGGCCCCCAAGAUCGGACCCCUGGGGCUGUCCCCCAAGAAGGUGGGCGAUGACAUCGCCAAGGCCACGGGCGACUGGAAGGGGCUGCGGAUCACGGUGAAGCUGACGAUCCAGAACAGGCAAGCGCAGAUAGAGGUUGUUCCUUCUGCCUCUGCUCUGAUUAUCAAAGCUCUGAAGGAGCCACCUCGUGACAGGAAGAAGCAGAAGAACAUUAAGCACAGCGGCAGCAUCACCUUCGACGAGAUCGUCAACAUCGCGCGGCAGAUGCGGCACCGCUCGCUGGCCCGGGAGCUCUCCGGGACCAUCAAGGAGAUCCUUGGCACUGCCCAGUCCGUGGGCUGCAGCAUUGAUGGGAGACACCCCCACGACAUCAUCGAUGACAUCAACAGUGGUGCCAUCGAGUGCCCAGCUGUGAGUACCCAGCUCUGACCAAAAAUGAUGUACAACAUCUAAUUACUGAAAAACUCCACUAAUGAGCUGUGUUUGCUUCUUCCAACAGAGCUAAGACUGCAGAAAAGGAAGUUGCCACAUGAAGGCUCCUUCAGUUUUUUGUAGCACUUUAAAUAUUAAAAUAAAGACCCAGUUGUCUGCAAA